UAACAAGUCAAUUCAUAUGGUAGUCAAAACAUGAAUAGAUCAAAUGGACCGCUUUUUAUUUAUUUCUACCCUACAAAUGAAGCAGUCAUUUCUAAUGAAUGUAAAUUAAAUGUGUACUAGUGUUCGGAUAGAGCAAAAAUUGGAAGGUUGCCAGAAACAAAAAUGACAGUACCUUUAGACAGAAUUCCAGAUUCCAUGGGCUAUUUGGUGCUGACAGAAGAUGGGGCUGUUAUAAAUUCUGGUGGUGAUCUAGAGAACAACGAAGAUCUGGCAAAUAAAUUCCUUAACAUUAUUCACACUGCUUCAAGAAUUCCUCUCUCUGCUAGCAAAAAAGACAAAUUCAGAAAAAUAUCCAUUGUAUGGGACAGUUUUAUGUAUGUUAUUACAGUAUCGGGACACAAGAUAUAUGUCAGUAAGAGGAAAUAUGUUCCACCGGAUCCAGUAACAGCAUAGAGCAGUGGGACAGUUCAACUUCGGAGGGCAAUAGUCCAGUGGAGUGUAACAAUCUAGUUAAUUUAAGAAAAAAAUGACAGUUUACCAGAAACAACUGUGAUUUUGAUCAUUUUGGUUUUUAGACUCAAAGAAGUACACUGUUGAUUAGAGCAUGUAUUUGUUGAUAUCUCAGAUUUGUUUAUGGUGUGUUCUUUCUUUUGGUGUCAUUACUUGUUAUGUUUUAACUAAGGUUUUAUUUCAUUAAAGUUGAUAACUAGUGUUAGUAAAGGAACAAAAAAUAUAUUGAAAGUAAAUUUGAUGAUAGGAAGUUUCAUAAUUUUAAAAAGUUUAAAAAUUAAUUGUUUUCCAUUACCAUUUUCCUGACCAAACCACCUUGUUAAAUGUAUUUACUUUAUGCCAUUCAUACAGGUAUAUUACCACUGGCUGAGUUAAUAUUAUGACCAACAACAAAGAAUUUUUUGGUUAAAGUUUUUGAUAAAGUCAAAUAUCUCUGUUACUAUCAAAGCUUUCGACUUGAAACUUAAAAUAGUUGUUUCCUAUCAAAGUCUAUACCAGGAAAAACAAUCCCCAUAACUCUGAUUUAACUUAGAAUUGUUUGGUCAAAGUUUUAUAAAGUGUUUACUUGCAAAGCUCUAAUUCAGAGUCAAGCACUGAGAAAAGUCGAGCAUGCUGUCAUAUGGACAGCUCUUGUUCUAUUCAGACUUUGUAAACUAGCAUGCUUUCACCCGAUGUUACUUUCGUCUGGUUAAUUAUGGGACCAGAAAUUCUAUUCCUUAAGGAGACUUGUACAGCCUAUUUAACUUGUACCCCUUAUGAAAUUUAUAAAUGGAAUUAGAUCCACACGGAAUAAAUAUAUUGUAAAGUUGUAAGGGCCUGCAAGGUAGUUUUUACUUUCAAUAUAUUGUUGUUAUAAUAUCAUGUUACUUAUUAUAAUAUUUUUGCAAGAAAUUAGUGAUGGUCACAACAAGGCAUUGGAUAUAAAAAUUUUGUUAUUAAAAUAGUUUCACUUUAGUUUUAUAAUCAUUUUACAUUGAUGGUAAAACAAAAUGUUCCGAGUUACAGUUGUUUAUGGCUACAAACAUUUAUCUUUAAAAGUUACCUUCAAUGUCCUAAGGUGUUACGUGUAACUGAGUUUUUAAUUUCAUGUGAGUUUUUUCAUUUGUCAUUAAUAUUUUAAGCUUUGUUUAUGUACAAGGCCAUUGAAUAUGCCAUUGUAUAGAAAUAGGCGAUUUGGUUUCUUUAAGGUCACUGACUUCAAAUCACUCGCAUCUCAUCAAUGUGGAUUCAAGCCUCACUCGGAGCUUUCAAUUCUUCAUGUGAGGAAGCCAUCCAGCUGGCUUAUGGAAGGUCGGUGAUUCUACCCGGGUUUCCGCUCAUGAUGAAAUAAUGCACGGAGAGGCACCUUGGGUCUUCCUCCACCAUAAAAGCUGGAAAGUUGCCAUAUUACCUAUAACUGUGUCGGUGCGCGGUUAAACCCAACAAAAUAAAUAAUCAGUUUCUUCAACUGGGUCUAAAAAAACUGAUUUGCCUCCAAUGUCAUUAACAGUUGAAAACAGUGUCUUACUGUGCAUUAAGUAAACUGCCAUGAUAAUUCGCUUACUGAAGCAUGGCAGAUAGAUGUCAUUAAUUCUGAAGCUGGGCAUUAUUUAUAAUAAUAAUUACUCAGGUUAUACUGUAUAUGUCUGGAUGUUAAUUGGAUAUCACUCUUGCAUGAAAUAUUCCACUUCGAUGACAAGGCUUAAAUCAACAAAAAUUGGAACAAAAUUAUUUCAAGAUAGUAGACUUCUGUUAUCACCAAAGUCGAGACUGUGUAUUAUGUCAAGGUUGCCAGCCAGUUUUGAUUCUGACAACAGAUCAAGCUUUGCAUGAAUGUUGUUAUGAUAGCCAUAAUGCACUUCUUUUAAAAAAUUGUUUUACAUAGGUUCAAAUUUUUUGUCUGCGCAGAACAUUUGUGAAUUUGCUGUAUUGUCAGUAUGGACAAAUCCACGUUAUAUUGAUAAAGAAGUGAUCUUUUGAUUUAUAAAUGAAGUACAUGUAUGCCUGACAAUCAUUUAAAAAAGUUUGGUCAGUGACACCAAUACCAUAAAGAUAUUCAUGUUUCUUGCAUUUCAUAAUAUUUGAUUUCAACGUAAAAAUUACAGGUUAUUUAAAAUCAUUGUAAUGUAAAUUUUCACCUUGAUGCCAAAAAGGUGUAUAACUACAGCACUGAGGUGACAAUAUAAUGUUGUACGCCAUACUGUAAAGAAGAAAGUAUUUUCCCUUGUGUUACCCUGAUGUUACAGCAUAUUUGAUUUUCUGCUUGAAAAUUUAAGGACUUCAUUAUUUAAUAGCUGCAACAAGGUUACCUGUUUGAUAAACAUUUUCUGUGUUACUGUGUAUUCUUUAACAAAGUUUAAAAUGAUGAUAAGGUAUAUAUACAUUCAAAAUUUGAAUUACAUGGUAUAAAAUACAAUAUAGGAAUGAUAAGAUAUGAAUGUUUAAAAUUGGAAUAUGAAAUAUUGUUUUUUGAUGAUUGUUGAAACGUACAUAAUGAUGUUAUUUAAUAUUAAAAAUAUAUAGUGAAAAAGUU